AAUGCCUACCGCUCCUCGGUUUCACCGUCGGCAGCCAAUAUGCGCAAACUGGAGUGGAGCGCCGCUGUGGCCCAGAUGGCGCAGACCUGGGCCAAGGGCUGCAACUACGAGCAUAGUCCCAGUUCUCAUCGACCGGGCUGUGGCGAGAAUCUGGCUGCCAGCGCAGGUACCGCGGCGUCCUGGGCCAACGACGCUAUUGAUCCGUGGGCGGAUGAGCGACAUGAUUAUACGUUUGGCCAGACAAUUAUACGUCUGGCCAGGCCAGACAAGUAUGGCCACCGGUUGGUGGGAUCCGAAACCGGUUGGUCACUGGACAGCGAUGAUCUGGGGCGAAACGUAUCAAGUGGGUUGCGGCUAUAAAUUGUGCCCGG